AAGAGUACGAUCCAUCAUAACCCACCGUUCAAAAUUUUAGGUUUUAGACUUUAGUCUAAACUUUUUGAAAUAUUACCUGUAGAAGUAGAAGUAGUGAUCGUUUUAUUAACCAGUCAAUUUUCGAUGUCUCAUUAAUCAAAAGUUUCUAACGGUAGCAAGGGACAAGUGAGAAAAUUUUCAGAAUAUCGAUCCGUCCGUGUUUUGAGUGUAGACUAGUGACUAGUGACUAGUCAUACUUAUAAAUAUUUUGAUAUUCAUCCAUCAUGGGAGACGUCGACCAUCAGUCUCUUACCUGGAGUCUGAAGAAUGGAGAUUUGGACAGCAUCCGUGAUUUCGUCGAAAAAAAGGGUGUUGACAUAAGGCAGCCUAUUGAUGGUCGUCCCCCUAUACAUUUCGCUGCUGAUUACGGACAGCGCGAGGUGAUUGAAUACCUAAUAUCCAAGGGAGCGGAUGUCAAUGCUGUGGAUAAACACGGAAUCAGUGCCUUGUUGGCAGCUAUUUGGGAAGGACACACUGAAUGUGUUAAACUUCUCUUACAAAAGGGUGCAAAACCAGACGGUAAAUCGCCAGAUGGAACUAAAUAUAUUGAUUGCGCCGAUAAAAAGGAAAUAAAAGACCUACUGCAGACUUCCUGAAUUGCUCGACCUGCAGCUAAUUUUCUGUUUUUAUAUGCUAUAAUAUGCGAUUUUUUAGUUGCCUUCGAAUUUUUUGUAGUUGAAGUUGAUUGAUUGAUUGUAAAUGUCGUGUCGAUCAGUUCUGCGACAUUUUGCCGACUUGUGGUCGCUGAUUCUUGUUGUUAGCAUGAUUUUUGAGUGAUCUUUGGUGUUUUUUUCGCGUUGGAUACUGGAUAGUCGAAAUGACAUUAAAAUAAAGAGCUACUAUAGA